AUUGAAAAAACACUCAAGGAACUGCAGGAUUUGGAUAUAUCAUGGGAUAUUCUAGUGGAAACUGGCAUAGGCAAAGCAGUUAACAGCUUUAGGAAACAUGCCACUGCUGGGAAUGUAGCUAAAACCCUGGUGAAACAAUGGAAAAAACUUAUUCCUCCAGAAAAUAAAAGUGGUCACAGAGGAAGAAAACAAAAUACUGAAAAAGAUGAGACAAAAUCUUCUUCCAAGGAGAUUAAACCUUUGGAGAAGUCCAAAGCAUCUGUACUGGCCUCCAAAAGUUCCAGUAGUGCUUCCAUUUCUAAAAAGUUGAAUAAGCAGCAUACUUGUAGUGAAAAGACCCACCAAAGUAGAGAUUCUGAGUCUCAAAAAGAAUGUGAUAAUGAAUGUCACAGCAGUGAUUCUAAGGGUGCCUCCCAGUGUACCAGUCUUCAAGCUAAAGAAAGUGACUUCAAAGAGAGAAUCUCCAAAGAUCGCAAGGAAGUUUCUGAAAAGCAACAUUCCUCUGUAGCUGAUAAAGACUUGUCAUCCCAGAAGGAAAAACCUAGCAAGGGUGCUUCUAAACAGAGAAAUCCCAAGCAUGUGAAGAAACCAAAACAAAAACUUGUCAUGAAAAGCAAAGCUGAAUUAUCUAGUGAUGAAGAGUUUGAGCCCCCUACUAUGUCUUUUGAAUCUUAUCUUACUUAUGAUCUGGUUACGAAAAAAAGAAACAGGAAGGCUUGUUCUACAGGUGAGCAGCCGAAGAGAUGCAGCAAACAGAAGGACAGCUUGUUACCUCCAAACGGUUCAACAUUUUCUCAUGCAAAAGAGGGAGAGGAAGAUGUAAAAAAAUGUGAGGGUGAUCAAUCAGAAACCCCCAAUAAAAAGGCCAAGGUGGUGUCCCUCCAAGAUCUGCUUAAUACUCCACUGCCUAAAUUUCUGACAGGCAUCUCAAUCUCAUCUCCCCCAUAUGCUGCAGACUUCAAAGCACCUGUUGUGGCAGCACCCCAGGAGGUCAGUGAGGUGGUUCAAUUCACAGGACGGAGGCUGAACUCAAAAAUGCAAGUGUACUCUGGCUCUAAACCAGUCUGCCUUUCAAAGAUGCUUACACUGUAUGAACAGUGCAUCCGUGUGCUUCAAAAUAAUAUUGAUUUGCUACAUGAAGUAGGAGGUGUGCCUUUUGAAAUUCUUGAGCCUGUGCUGACACGUUGCACACCAGAGCAGUUGUUUCAAAUAGAGGAAUGUAAUCCGAAAUUUACAGAAGAAUCUGACCACUUGUGGAAGAAACACUGCCAGAGAGAGUUUAAAAAUGAGAGCCUCCUGGAAUGUGAGUCUUGGCGUGAAAUGUACUUGAGACUGUUUAAUCAGAGAGAAAUAAAACUCAAGAUGCUUACAAAAAAUAUUCUUUCAGCUCAGUCUGAGAAACCAAAAGGCAGACAAGUAAAAAUGGCUUAUAUGACCAGUGCAGCAAAACCACCCAGGAAUAUUCGCCGACAGCAAGAGAUCCACGGGACAGCAGGACUUGUCACCCAGCUUUGUCUCAUAGAAAAGUGCAAAGCAAAGAUUCCAGAAAGCAGAAACAGAAGUAAUACAUCAUCAAAUCUGAUCCCUGUUAACAACAGUGGAAGCUCUAGCUCAAGUGUAAUGACUCAAGAUGGAAAGAAGCCGAUCAAAAAAAUUGCACCAAUCAUGAGGAAAACCUUGAGAGCAUUGAAGAGUAGAGCUGGGCGACGAUAA